UGCUGAACCCGAUCGAGGUUUUUUUACACGUAGGACGACUGCAACAAGAUUUGGCAUUAUCUUUAUUUUGGACUGUCAUCGUCGUCUUUUAACAAGAAAAAUAGAAAGUCGAUUUCAGAGUCAUGGACGAUUUGGCAUUGCUCGAAAGGGUGUUUCUUCGAGUGGGAAGCGCAGAUAGCGACGAGAAAUUGGAAGCUGUCAUUGUCAAAUUUCUUUGCCCGGUUUUGCUGAAAUUAACCAGCACCGAAGAAAAUGUUCGCAAGAAAGUCAUGGAAUUGCUCGUCCAUUUCAACAAACGUGUCAAGAGCAGACCGAAUCUACAGUUACCUGUGGUUGACUUGAUGAAUCUUUAUCAAGACCCCUCGUCUUCAAUUUUCCUAUCAAACUUUGCAAUAAUCUACAUCAAAAUGGGCUUCCCACGCUUGGAUUUGGCCCGCCAGGCGGAACUACUACCUCAACUCUUUCACAGCAUUCAUGGGAAACCUGUGCAACACCAAGACAGUCUCCUGUUCAUUGCACUACCAGCCCUAGCUCAUGCCAAUGUUUCCACAGAGGCAUUGAAGCAGCCUUACCUCUUCCUUCAAGAAAAAGUGGAAUUGGCCAAAUACAUCAAAGACUUUUUCCUCGACAUGGUCUUGUUGCCUUAUGGGUUAGUCCAUCCCAGCACAAAUCCUGCAGCUCCUUCCAAUCCACCGCCCGGAAUGAGUGAAUACGGUUGGAAGAGAUCACUGGGAGAGACUCAGCUGAAGCCGGAACAACUGGAAGAAACGAAAUUAGGAAUUGUCAAAUUCAUUUCCAGUGGGGUGUUUGGCGAACAGACGAUCGUCCCGCAUCUAGUUAUUGCAGCAGCCGACACUCGUUUCAGCGUGGCAAACGCGGCUGAUAGUGCCCUUAAGCGGAUUGGCGGAACUGUCGACUGGAAUGAUGUAGCUGUGAUAACAGUAUUGUAUCAGCUUUUUCUGGGCACCCGCAAUUCAAAAGAAAACAUCAAACCAGAAUUCCGUCGUGUUCCAGCUUGCACCCGUCUACGUCUCAAAUUAUUUACAUAUCUGAUACGCUCACGUGAGGCCAGCAUGCAUUUUCCUGCAUGCAUUCAAUUGACAUUCGAAGGUCUGUUUGGGGAAAAUUCCAACGCGAAACUGAAGGUGAUGGCGUUGCAAUUUCUUCACCAAAUGAUUUCCAAUUGCCCAGAGUCACGUCUGUCCCCGAUAUCUCCCGUGUUGAUUUCUGGUUUAAUGAAAAUUAUCAACGACACGCAAGGGGUCAGUAAAUCCUGUUCUUUUCACGGUCGAUUGCAUUCAUCAUCGCCACUUUUGUUUUUUUUCUUUCAGGAAUCCAAACUGCGCGGAUCGGCUUUAGUUGCCCUGGGCAAACUUGGUCAGAAACUUCCUGAAGCUGUGACCAAAGAUAUGGCAAUCAUCCAAAUGCUCUUUAAUGCCAUGGCAACGGAAGAACCCGAGACAAGAAUGGCCGUACAAGAAGCUCUGUCCAUCAUGCUGCCGGCAUUUAAACAUUUAAGCAGCUCAAAUGCCGCCAUCCUCGAAGCCUUGCUGGCAACUUCGUUGGAAUCCCAACAACAUCUCUUGCGGCUUAUUGCCGUACAAUAUGCCGGUGGAAUAUUCCAUUCCACCCACGUCACUUCUCGUUAUCUCCUCCUCCUGGCCGCCGGAGACCCGAAAGAAGAAGUGAAAUCGGAAGCUAUGAAAUUGCUCUACUCUAAUCUCCCGAAAUCGAUUGAAACUUCCGACGCUGAUUCGAUGGAAGUCGAUGAAACUGAAAAUAAAUGGCUACCCGAUUUCGUCGAAAUGGUUUUGUGCAUUUCAGAGAAAGCCUCGUCCAGAAUGAAAAGCCGCAGUGCAGUGACAUAUGGAACCCGCACACUCCCAUUCGAAAUUAAUGCCUACGCAGAGAUGCUGUCGUAUUUACGGCUGUGUCUGGCAAACAGUGCGUCGUUGACGCCAUCGUUAGAACUCCUUAAAGAACCGGAAUUGAUCAGUUCUGUGGCUCGCCACUACAUUGAAAAAUUGGUGAGCGAAAAUGGACCGGUGACGGCCUAUCUUGAUUUGGCGCUGGAAUUGCUGGCGGCCAAUCCGUCCAAAGUUCCGCUCCAGUGCAUCCUGGAAAUCGUGGCCGGAGUUCCCAAGCUGUCGGCCGUCUUGCUUUCGAAACUGGACAUGUUUAAAACCCUGCAACAUCACAACAAAGAAGACGUCCGUGAAAUGGUCGCCCAAAUCCUGGCCGUCGUCGUCUGUCAAAGUUACGACACGCUCCAAAUUGACGCGCUGAUUCACGAUCUUUGCCGCAACCUCAAAGAGAAGCCGCUGGAACAGCAGCACGGAUCCAUUUUGACUCUGGGCUACACCGUCGGCCGAAUCGUUCGCAGUCACUUGUCCGGGCCUGGUAAUAACCGCGAGGAGCUGGAGAAGAGUUGCCGCCACCAACUCUCGCCACGAUUGUCGGCCGCCACUUCCUUGGUGAUUGAUUUCCUCUUCGACUCACUACAUCCGAUGACGCUGAGCGCCGCCUGUCUGUCUGUAGGCGAAAUGGGACGUUGCGGUCCCCUGCUGGACUCGACCGGAGAGUCUACACGCGCCGUAGAAAAGCUGCUCACGGUUGUCGACGACGCCAAAAUCGGUAGCAAAAUCAGAGAGAAAGCUGCCCUCGCUGCUGGCUAUCUCUCACUCGGCGAGCUGGAAUAUCCUCGCCGGAAGCACGUCAUUCAACACUUUCUAACUUCCACCGAGAAAAUGAAAGAUGUCGAAAUACAAUUCACAAUCGGCGAAGCUCUUGUCUGUGCCGCUUUGGGUCUCAAUUCGCCUGAAAGUCGUGAUCCAUGGACCGUCAAAGAGCGGGACUUUAUCGAACCCGAAAACGCACCUUCUCAACUUGAUUUCCUCCUCGAUGAAUUGCUGAACAAAUACGUUGCCCAUCUUAAUCCCAACGUCAAACAGGCUACUUCGAUCUGGUUAUUGGCCUUAGUCAAAAGAUGCCCACAGCGGCCAGAGAUGAAAGAAAGGCUAUUGCGCAUUCAACGUGCAUUCAUGUCACUUUUGGCCGAAGGUGGAGACUUGGUUCAGGAUGUAGCCUCCAAAGGUUUAGGGCUAGUCUUUGAGUGCUGCACAGUGGAACAGCAGAAUCUACUGGCAGGGGAAUUGGUCGGCUCCUUAACCACAGAUCGCCGGCCGGCUAUGCAAGUCAAUAAAGACACCAAGGUUUUCGAGGAAGGCAGUCUAGGAGCUAAUCCUUCAGGGGGCCAAUUGUCAACGUACCGGGAACUGUGUUCUUUGGCCACCGAUAUGAACCAACCGGAUUUAAUCUACAAAUUUAUGCACUUGGCCAAUCAUAACGCCAUUUGGAAUUCGAAAAAGGGUGCAGCUUUUGGAUUCGGUUCGAUUGCCAAGAAAGCCGGGCAGCAGCUGGCCCCGCACUUGCCAGUUAUUGUACCCAAAUUGUACAGGUACCAGUUUGAUCCCAGUCCACGCAUCCGUCAAUCGAUGGCUUCCAUCUGGGAAGCUCUGGUCAGCGAACAGUCGAAAACCAUCGACUUAUACUUCCAGCCUAUCCUCGACGACUUAAUCGUUCACUUGACUUCCAAUUUGUGGCGGAAUCGCGAGUCGUCUUGUAUGGCUUUGGCUGAUUUAUUACGAGGCCGGACACUUGAAAAUGCGCUGGAUAAAAUGGACGCCAUCUGGAGCACUCUCUUCCGCGUGGUGGACGAUAUCAAAGAAUCGGUUAGGAAAGCGGCCGCAACUGCUCUCAGAGCCCUCAGCAAGGUCUGCAUCAAAAUGGUUGAUGUUGAUGCGGGUAAAGUGAAUAGUCAACGCACUGUCGAACUCGUAUUACCCGUUUUACUGCAGCAAGGAUUGACCAGCAGUGUGGAAGAGGUCCAAGCAAUUACUCUGGAGACACUGAUAAAAGUAGUCAAAUCAGCCGGAAAUCUGGUUGGGACCCACUUAGCUCCACUCAUAUCCGCCUUGCUGGAAGCCACUCAAGUGGCCGAGGGUCAAAGCUUGAAUUAUUUGAGUGUUCGCUUGGGCAAUCAGCUGGCCACUCAAGAGAAGCUUGAUUUGGCAAGGAUUUCUGCCGCCAAGAGUUCUAAUCUCUACGAAACCGUCCAGCACUGUAUCCAGUUCAUCAACGAAGCCAACACCCCAGGGGUCGUAGCAGCCUUGGUGGAUUUACUGAAGGGUUGCCAGGGAAUAACAACGAAAGGAUGUGCUGCCCAUGUCAUUUGUCUUUUGACGCAACAGUGUCAGAACGACAUCCAACCUUUUGCCGGGAGAUUGAUGGCGGUGCUCGUCAAAGGAUUGGGCGACCGAAACGUUGCCUUGAAAAAGACGUACGCAGUGGCUCUAGGUCAUUUGGUCCGAGUCGCCAAAGAAUCGAGCGUCGUCAAAUUGAUGGAAACUUUGGAGAAUCGCUACCUGGAAGCGGAAGAUGAAGACUCUCGACUGGCCUGCAUGCACACGCUGCAGGCCAUGGUCCGAUACAAUCCGGAUGUCGUUAAAAAUCAUUCGAGUCAUACCGUACCAAUUGUGUUUUUGGGUAAAAACAUCUUCAAAACGCCUGAGACGGCGCAAUUGAUUCAAUCUUGGGAGGAGUUGUGGAUGGAUAUCGUUCCGGGCACGGAAGCCGGAUUGAGAAUGUACUCGAGCGAUAUAAUCGGUUACCUCCAGCGCGCCAUCACCUCCUCAUCGUGGAAGUUGAAAUCUCAAUCGGCCGCCGCUAUCGGAUCGAUGGCCAGUUCUCUCAAAAGUAAUUUGAAUCCGGAUCAGCGAGCCACUCUAUUACGAAUUCUUCUCGAUGGACUCACCGGUCGCACCUGGGAAGGAAAAGAGCAUUUGCUUCACGCAUUAGCUUCCCUCGUUAGUGCCCAAACUGUCGAGGACGUGGUCGUUCGAGAUGAAAUUAUCGGCGUGGUGUUACGUGAGGCAAGGAAAGAAGCGCUGCCGUAUCGUCGACAUGCCGUUCAAGUUAUGGGACAAGUGGCCGAAGCUUUUCAAUCGGAUAUGUUUCCCGCCAUUUAUGAGAUGCUCCAGCCACUUUUUGAAACGAAAGAAGACGAAAUGGAGGAGGAAGAAGAAGAGGAUCAAGGAGGAAGGCAGCAAAUGGAAAUUCUGGAACUACAUGAAGCUGCCAUUCUGGCGUUGGGAAGAGCUUUUCCAUCUGAUCCCACAGCACAAGGAAAUUGCUGGAAUUCGUACAUGGAGCUGCUCCGGGCCGCUGUAGCCAAUACCACGCGCCAGGUCCAGUUGGCGAUUGUCACGUCACUACUUCAAGUGGCUGGCCGGAUGACUCCCAUUUUCCUGCCCGAUUUCCUUAAAGAGGCGAAUAAAAUUUUGGCUCCAUCGCUGGACGUUGCCAAUUACUCGGCACUUCGAAUCGAAUCGCUCAAAGUGCUGAUUCUCGUACUGAAAAAAGUCCCAGAUUGUGAUCCCUCGACUCAAUCCGAUUUGAUGAAAAAUAUUCGAGAAGUGUAUUCUCUUCGAGUUGAAGAGUUUCUUCGCGAUGUUUCACCCGAAGUUAAAUCGCGAGCCGAUGAAGCCAAACGUUUAAUGAACGAGUAAUUUAUACAUCAAUCAAUACUAAACGAACGUUCUGUGUAAUUCUCCUAGCUGAAAUACAUUUUGUACUUAA